GCGGUUUUCAUUGGAAAAUGUGCUGACUGCACGUCUCGCUUGUUGCGUGAGGGAAGUUGCGUGUACUUCUCAGUGGAAAUUGAGAGUUUCCAUUUUUUCUGCGACGCCGGUUAUGUCUACAUUAGGUGGAAAUUGAGAUAUGGAGAUCUCCAAGGACCUUGAACUAGGACUUCCCAAGCCCCAAACCUAACUAGAUCCCCAACGAAGCUCCAAACCCAACAAGGAUGAACUCCAGUGAAAACGAGCCCUUACCCCAACUGAUGUUGUCCACUACAUCCCCUACAAAUAUAUCGAACAACCUCAGUGAUAUAGUAGUGACAAAUAAUACUGAUUUUAUACCGCUGAGUGAAAGGCCUGAAACAUACUUCGUUCCAAUAUUAUUCUUUGUGAUUUUCGUAGUUGGAACACUUGGAAAUGGGACUCUUGUUUGGAUUUUCAUGAAACAUCGGACAAUGAGGAACGUACCCAAUACAUACAUCCUGUCCCUGGCCAUAGCAGAUCUUCUGGUUAUAGUAAGCAGCGUGCCAUUCACUGCGGUGAUCUACAUCGUCGAUCAUUGGCCUUGGGGAGAAAUGAUGUGCCGUAUUUCAGAAACGGCGAAGGACAUCUCAGUGGGGGUGUCAAUAUUCACGUUAACAGCCCUAUCCGGCGACAGAUUCUUCGCCAUUGUCGAUCCACUCAAGAAAUUCCAUACCAGCGGUGGUGGAAGAAAAGCAACCCGGAUCACCCUUUGCAUAGCCCUUUCAAUAUGGGCUCUAGCCAUCCUUUGUGCCACCCCAGCAGCCAUGGGUUCCCACAUCAAAGACAUCUUCGAUCCAGACACUAACAUCAACUUCUCAGUCUGCUACCCUUUUCCUGAAGACUGGUUAGAUGGGGACUACGCCAAAACCAUGGUGAUGGCUAAGUUCCUAGUGCUCUACGUCAUCCCCCUCACCAUUAUAGCCAUAUUUUACAUGAACAUGGCCAAUCAUCUCAUCAUCAGCACGAGGAAUGUUCCUGGGGAGGCUCAAGGCACUCAAAGACAGAUAAAAGCGCGGAAGAAGGUGGCCAUCACUGUCCUCAUUUUUGUACUAGCUUUCGCCAUAUGCUUCUUGCCCUUCCACAUGUAUCUGCUGUUUUUUUACUUCUACCCGAAUUUCAACGAAGUCUACAACGCCUUCUGGAACUAUUUCAGGAUUGUAUCCUUCUGCCUUUUCUAUCUGCACUCUUGCUCCAAUCCUGUGGCGCUGUACUGGGUCAGUGGAGCUUUCAGAAAACACUUCAACAGGUAUUUACUGUGUAUAAAAAGCAAAAGACAGCGGUGCAAUACCUGCCAAGGACACCACAACACCUCGAUGUCCAUGUCAACAAAGAGGAACCAGUCAAUGUCUUGCACCAAGACCUCCAACUUUUCCUUGAAGAAGAGACCAAAAAACAUCGAAAACAACCAAGAAACUUCCAUAAUACUCCUGGCUAGUGGUCAAGACCAAGCCUCCACGAAGAUGUAGAACAAGAAUUGAAUGGAAGGGUAUACAUUAAAGGACCAAAAUAUGAGAGAAAUAUCGAUAUAUUUUUUUGGUGGAUCUUCAGAUAACGCGGAUGUGUAAAAAUCAAUUAAAAAAAGUUUUUCGACGUAGAAAACUAAAAAACUAAGUACCUAUAGCAAAACUGCUAGGAUAGAUUCGUAUUUGUUCUGCAAAGAGAAUCAAAAAGGAUAUGUCAACUCUCAACUAAUAUAGAAACACUAUAGACAUAAAGGCUUUAGCCAGUAUUCGACAAAGUGAUUAAUUUCUUCAACUGUGACACCCUGUGUUACUAUGUAUCACUUUUGCUGUUGCAUAAAUUGAGUUGAAUCUCAAUAAUAUGCACAUUCUGCAGGUAUAUUAUUUGAAAUUUCUCAUGGAGCUUCAUUUUCAUCGAAUAAAUCUCUGGUGAAUACUAACGAGAAGAAACGGACAAUUCACGCUGUUUUAUCCACAAAAAUGAAGCUUAGCACAACCGUUGGGAGGUUCCAUGACAUAAUAAAUCGAUGUUAAUUAAGUCGUUGAGCUUCACUUAGCAGGAAAUGCGAUAACUGAAUUGUUCUUUUCGAAAAAUUAAAUAUUUCAGAGCUUCCAGAGAAAAUCUUAGUGGAGCGUAUAGGAGAGAAUAUUUUUAACAUGCUUAAAUGACUUUUUUCGUCGAAUUUAAUAAGAAACAGGGGGUUCUACGUUUUGUAAGCUGGAUCAUGAUAAAUCGAUUUUUUUUAAAUGGUACUGUCUUCGAUUUGUUUAUAGUUAUCAAAGCCCUUGUUUGUGAAAAUAUUUUAUACUAAGAACUCAUUGUUAUAAAGCUUCAAAGAUCAAAAGCAUGUCUUUAAAUUUUAUUAAUUUUCUAAUAUGGCACUCAUGUACACAUAGAAUAUUUCAAGAAUCUAUGUAGCUUAUGUUCCUCGAUAAAUUAUGUAUACAUUAAAAAAAUGUUAGAUGUUAUAUAAAUGUGGAUCUAUUAUAUUUGUUGAGAUA